UGUCGAAGCUAGGAAUUGUCCAAAACCCUAGCGGCGGCUGUCUGCGAGGAGACGGUACAGAGAAACAGCAGCUUUGGGUUGCAAGAGAAAGCUAGCAGCCAUGUCUCUUAUCGCGAACGAGGAUUUUCAGCAUAUUCUUCGCGUUCUUAACACGAACGUGGAUGGGAAGAAAAAGAUCAUGUUUGCGCUCACCUCCAUCAAGGGUAUUGGCCGCCGAUUUGCCAACAUUGUUUGCAAGAAGGCCGAUGUAGACAUGAACAAGAGAGCUGGAGAACUUACAGCAGCAGAACUCGAGAAUCUGAUGACGAUUGUAGCAAAUCCCCGUCAGUUUAAAAUCCCGGACUGGUUUUUAAACAGGAAGAAGGACUACAAAGAUGGGAGAUACUCUCAAGUUGUGUCUAAUGCUUUGGACAUGAAGCUCAGAGAUGAUCUGGAGCGUUUGAAGAAAAUCAGGAAUCAUCGGGGUUUACGUCACUACUGGGGUCUUCGUGUUCGUGGGCAGCACACCAAAACAACUGGCAGGAGGGGGAAGACUGUUGGUGUUUCCAAGAAGCGAUAAGCUUUAUUCCAUCUGCUUUCUAGUAGAAGUCAUGUUGGUGUUU